AUGUCAAAUUUAGACCACUUUCAAAUAGGAGGAUUAGAUAUCACCACCAAAGUAAUCAACAAGUCCAACAUAGUCGAGCUAGAUCAAGGCUUAAGAGAUUUGUUAGCAACUGCCCGAAAAGACGGUGUAAACCUUACAAUAGGGCUGGAUAUAGAGAAACGCUACCAGAAUAUUCCUAACAACCUAAGACCCUCAAAAGAAUACGUAUCUGCAUUGAUGUUCUGUUGCGGGGACUUUUGCCUGAUCAUUCAGCUGUAUCACUUGACCGCACUCGAAUUCUGUUCGGUCUCCAAAUUCCUUCAACUCCAAGAGUUAACAUUCGUGGGUGUCAGGAUCAAGCACUGCCUCGAGGCAUUAGGCACGAGUUGGGGGAUUAAGUGUAGAUAUGCGGUUGAUCUGCGCAACUUUGCAGCAACAACUUUUACACAGUCUAACAUUUUAGGGACUUAUAAACUGAUUGAUUUGGCUGUUUUAGUCAGUAAUCAUGUGUUUGAUAAGGAUGAAUUAUUUACUAAAUGUAAUGGUGCAGCUCUUAGUGAUUGGAGUUUUGGUACAUUAUCUCGUCACCAAAUUGAAGCUGCGACUUGGAGAGCUUAUCUUUACUUCAAUACUUCUAUAUAG